CGCCCAUUGGCUGCGGGCGUGCUGCCCGAGGCCGAGCGGCGCGGCGGUGCCGCCAUGGCGCCGCCCGUGGGGUACGCGCUGCUCUGCGGGCAGGCCGCGCUCCUGCUCGGGAACCUGCUGCUGCUGCACGGCCGCGGCCUCCCGGGCAACGACACCGAGCCCCGGGAGCUGCCGCCGGGGCCGCCCGCCUCCGCCUGGGCUUACGAUCCGCGGGCGCCGCUCGUCCUCUGCACCUACCUCCCCGAUGAGUUCGUGGAGUGCGAUGAGCCGGUGGAUCACGGCGGGAACGCCACGGCACAGCAGGAGCUGGGCCACGGCUGCGUGAAGUUCGGCGGCCAGGCCCACGGCGAUGUGGAUCACACGCGAGUGCUGUGCCGGGCGCUGGACGGCAUCGAGUGCGCCGAGCCGCGGAGCUUCCUGCGGGGCAGCCGGCCCUGCGUCAAGUACACCGGACACUACUUCAUCACCACGCUGCUCUACUCCUUCUUCCUGGGCUGCUUCGGCGUGGAUCGGUUCUGCCUGGGCCACACCGGCACCGCCGUGGGGAAGCUGCUGACCCUCGGGGGUCUGGGCAUCUGGUGGUUUGUGGAUCUGAUUCUGCUCAUCACCGGGGGGCUGAUGCCCAGUGAUGGCAGCAACUGGUGCACGGUGUACUGAGGAGGGGCAGGGCUGGCUCCAGCUGCAGCCCCUGGGUGCCUCUGCCCGCUCCCAGCACCAGCCUGGCACAAACUGGACUUACAGAACUCAGGGUGCACAGUUACUCUUGAUAAUGACUCUGUACCAACUUUGGACACAAAGUUGUUCAGGAUAUAUUUUGCUUGUUUAAAAUAAUCUGCCUUCCCACUGCAAAUAGUGACAGCUUCAGAAAUCAGAGCUUGCAAACACAGGGGGGUCAAACAAACAAACAAUAAAAUCUGGAAGAAGCUGA